UAACGGCGGCGGGACUGAUCCGUUCCACUGUUCGUAUCAUAAACUUCGAAUCGGAUUCAGAAACAGUGGGAAGUCCGGGAAGGAGAUUACCUAUUGUUUUCGAAGAAUAAUUAAAUAAAGCGCUGUAAUUUUAUGGGAAAAUGGUUGUUUUAGAAGAGCAAAUCACUUUUAUACAUCAGUGGGCUGAGGAUUUAAGUGAAGGUGUUUCAUAAAGUGUUAUUUGGAUUACCUCUGGAUUAUCUGAAAGGAAUGAACAUUAAUUUCUUAUGGACAUAAAGUCUGUUAUGGACAUUGCAUUUGACAGUCAACAUGUGCUUAUUAUCUUCACGAUGGGACUCCUGACUUCAACAGCCCAGUGAUGUUAGCCAUGAGUCACUACAACUCUUCAGGGCCAGCGUCCCUCCACCCGCUCUCCAACCACAGCCAGGGGGACUUGGAGAGGGAGGUGACCAUGGAGGUGCUGGCCCAGCAGGGCAACCUGUCCCUGGACAAGCCCAUGUCCAGUGGCCCCAUCGCAGCUGUCCUCUCCAUGACCCUGGGCAUCAUCUCCAACAUCGUGGCCCUCUUCAUCCUGGCCAAUGCCUACUCUCUCCAGCGACGACGCUCCAAAGCCACCUUCCUCCUGUUUGCCAGCUCCCUGGUGGCCACCGACUUCGCCGGCCACGUGAUCCCCGGGGCACUCGUCCUCCGGCUCUACCUCUCCGGAGGUGUGUCGGAGGAGGAGGCCGAGGCGAGCGACUCGGCCGACGCCAUGUGCCAGUUCCUUGGAGGCAGCAUGGUCUUCUUCGGCCUGUGCCCUCUCUUCCUGGGUUGCGCCAUGGCAGCCGAGCGCUGCCUGGGGGUCACCCAGCCCCUUCUCCACUCCUCGUUGGUGACCACCACCCGGACGAAGCUUUCCCUCUCCCUCAUCUGGCUGGCAGCCCUCUGUGUAGCUCUGCUGCCUUGUUUCCAGCUGGGCUCCUACACCUACCAGUACCCCGGAACGUGGUGUUUUAUUAAAGUGCUGGGGGACACCGGCGAGGGGGAUCUGGCAUUCGUCAUGCUCUUUUCUGGACUGGGUCUGGCAUCACUGGCCGUGGCCCUGGUCUGUAACACCAUCAGCGGACUGACUCUGGUUCUGGCCCGGAUGAGGAGAAAGCCCAGCUCUCACCACUCGGCAAAGUCUCAUGACAUUGAGAUGGUGGUGCAGCUGGUGGGCAUCAUGGUGACCUCCUGUAUCUGUUGGAGCCCCCUGCUGCUCUUUGGCCUGAUGACGGUGAUGCGCUCCUACGGAGACUCCAUUGGUGACGACCUGUCUACCUACAAAACUCUGAUGGUGAUGGGCGUCCGGCUGGCUUCCUGGAACCAGAUUUUGGACCCCUGGGUCUACAUCUUGCUGCGACGCGCCGUGCUCAGGAAGAUCUACCUCAUCACGAAGCGCCAGGCCGACCUGAAGGGCAGCGUGUUGCGGCGAUGGGAUGGCACGUCAUUCCACAGCUCGGAAAAGCAUGUUGGCAACAGGAUCUGAAGUGGUGGUACUUGUGAUGGCUGGUGAACAGGGAUUUCAUUCGGCAUACAUGCACAGUAUGAAUACUGCAUGCAGUAUGAAUCUCCAGUGUUCAAACCAGUGUCCGACCCGAGAGGAUGCCGGUGUGACCACGUUGAGUUGGUUGAUACUCAGUUGAAAUAGGCCCACACACACAUGGUAGCUGCAUGGUAGGACACCAGGCUGAAGCGGUGACUCCCAGACAAAGGCUUGCGUUGAAGUAAGUUUAAGGGACUUGAGAUCUGAGGCCUUGGUUAUGGUCCUCGAGGGAGAAAACGACACUAGAGAGAGUCCGAAGGCAACCUGUAAGAUGAGGUUGCUUGAACCUGAACAUGCUAUGGAUUGAAAAUCGCCUGACAACUUUGAAGUGACACUUGUGGCAGCGGUGGGCAGUCAUGCAGAGAAAGACAAAGCUCAUGUGUCACUCAGCACAUUCAUCUUCUCGCCAGGAUGGCCGUACAGAAACUGGUACUCUAUCUCAUGAGGUUCAAAAUCCAAAUAAGUGGAUGGAAGAGUCCUGAGGUAACGAGAACCCUCCAUGUGACAUUGCACUUUGGAGGUUUGGGAUGUGUGUCAGAGCACACUGUUAGCCAGAAGACAUUCCCAAUACACCCUUAUAUGGCUGAAAGAUGCUGAAAUCUACCAAGAUGACAUGUGGAUGUUUAGAAAAUGGUGACUUUGGCCAGAAUGUUCAUUGUUAAUGCUAGGGUCCUAAAACAUUUUUUUCAUUUAUGGCAGGAACAAGAAAGAAUGUCUUUCUUAGAGGGCACCUGAAAUUAGUUUUUGUGCUUAAACAAAAAACAACAUUGAAUGUUGAUAAAUGCUAAGGUACAUGCAUGGUAUUUAUUUUGAAACAGUUGUGUGUAUGGAGUUCAAAACAGAGAACGGAAGGGCAAAUCAGAGGGUUAGAACCAUCUAUUCCUCAUGAACAAAAUGCUAAGUAAGCUAUAUCACACAUUUAAAUUCCUAACUGUAAUCAAAUGGAAAACAAAGCUAGAACUAUAAUUUCCUAUUACUUUAUGUACAUAAAGCUACUUAAUGUCAAACAUUGCAAAAUGUUAUUUAUUGCCUGUAUUAUACCUCAAUUAUCUGAGGACGUCUUCAAAAGUUAUGAAAUGAGUUCUGUAAAUAAAGCUAUGA